ACGCGCGCUGAAAUUGUAAUGCAAGUAAAAUGGUGCGAGAGAGAUGGCCACGACCGAAGAAUCCAAGGACUCGCCUCUUCGGAGCCUGAGUAGCUUUAAGUCAGAGAUCCCUGGCGGAGAUGGACUUGGAGCCAUGGAUCCAAAACACUCUAAAUCAUUCCAUCAGUACUUAGACAUGGUUGUCAAUGGAGCCGUGUUCCUCUUCAUCGUAGUUCUUCUUGUCUUGGUGAUAUGUUUCCUGGUUGCCGUCGAACUCUUGAUUGCUUUCAGUGUCAUUAUGGACGGGAGUGUAAAGAAAGAAUCCACAUUGAGAGCCCUGUCGGCAACCACUUUAGCCAUUCUUGCCUUGUUUGUCAUUGAGGUCACAAUAAGAGUAUUCAGUCUAGGAGCCUUCAUUAAAAAACAGAAAAUAGAGGUAAGCAGUGGAAAAAAACAUGUGUAUGGUGUAUGACUGUGUGUGCUUGUUUUAAAAAAAGUAGUGCAUUUGUGUAGCAGAGCUGCCAGCCAUUGCAUUUUUGCUGUAUUAUUGUGAGUUUUCCAACCAAAAUUAUGGCAUUUACGUUUUUUCUUCAUAAAAUGUAAUAAUUGUAUCCUAUUGAGAAAACUUGUCCUUACAUGUCUCUAUUUUAUAAACGUAAGCAAGUUUUAGGUGAUUGGAUGUAAUGUCAGCAACCAAAAAAUUACACGGGGGCGGCGGGCGAAUUCGCCCCGGAAAGUCCAAAAAGAGCCCCGGAAAAGGGCUAAAAACAUUCACACGAGGGCGACUGCAAAACUCAUAAUCGCCCCCGUCAACACUGUAUAUUUUACAGUGGCAAAUUGUCCAUAGACUGUGUACAACCAUGAAGCUAUUAAUAGCUUCAUGGUACAACGAAUAUACCGUCUCGGCUCAGCGAAUCGGAGACCGCUGAUUGGCCAAUCGCGCAGAUCACGUCAUGACUACGUGGUCGCCAAAAUAAUUCCUUCGGACUGCGUGCCAAAGUAUCGAUAGCGAUAACGAUAUCCGGUCACAUUGUCUACGCGGGAAAUGGUCUUGGUUCGUGAUCGGAUCGCUCCAGUAUCGAUCGAAAAUUAUCGAGACUCGGCAAUUUCAUGCAUAUUCACGCGACGCUCCGAAACCCGGAAAUCAAUUGACUUUGUACACGUUGCGAUAGACUCUACAAACUCCAACGAACACGAUGCUAUAUCAACGCUAAUUCGUAAGAUUUUGACCGAAAAUCAAGAAGUAAUCGAAAUUUGCUUACCUGUUCGGUAUCGGUGAGAAAAUAGAUCCUCCGAGAAUACCUUUCAUAAUUCAUAUAAAUUAUAGGAAAGUGAAAUUCUAGGUCGAUUUUGGUACGAGGUGAUAGAGUAUUGCACACUUGUUUUGGUGGAAUACUGUGUGGGGCUAUGGAAGGCUUGCACUGCGCAUGCUUACUAUAUUUUCAUUCAUAAAUUGGCUCUCGGCAGUGGCUGGAUGACGUCAUGUAAUAAGCAAAAUAUACACGCCCGCUAGCGUUGAACGCACCGCUAUCCGUUCUAUACAAUUUGCCACUGUGUAUUUAUGUAGCAUUUCAUGAAUACGUACGUGAUUGCAUUUAAAUUAUACAUUAUACAUUAUAUUGCAUUUAAAUGUGUACUUGCCCUGCACUGCUGACCAGCAUCCCUUCAAUGUGGCACACACACACACACACACACACAGACACAAACGCAAAAAAGCCGCGAAAUAGCUCCAGAAAUUGUAGCCCUGGAAAGUGGAAAAAGAGCCCUGGAAAAUGAAAAAGUAGCCCUGGAAAAUUUUUAAGUUUCUCCAAAAAGAGCCCUGGAAAGAAAAAAAGUAAUUUUUUGGUUGAAUGUCAGGUAACGGGACCAAAUGUCAAACGAACCUCAGAGCUCAAGACUGAUAAAAUAGUUUGCAUGUAUCCACACUCUUAGGAUAGACGUCUAUAUCAUAUAUUAAAACCCAUUGUCAUAAACAACUUUAAAAAAAAACAGUAUGAUCUUCUUUUUUAUAGAAGACUGUUUUUCAAGAAAGUUUGACAGUGUUUGUCAUUCCUCAUCCUGCCAAGUAAAAUUUGAUGAAACAUCAGUAUUGGUGUCUGCAUCCACUAACCAUAUCCUGCUUUAUGUGGCACUGGCAGAGUUGUGGGUUUUUAAAAAUAGUCAUGUUUUUUCUGCAUCAAAUAUUCUCAUGUCACAAAUAGUAAUACACCUGUUUUCUUUCAUGUGUAAAAUGAAUAUGAUACACCAUGGCAGGAAGUACAAUAUUCUAUCAAGUGUACAUACCUCAAAGAAAAUUGAAAAGUAUUUGGUUAAAAUGCAAUCUCGUAUGAAUGAAUGAAUUAGUAGAUAUUACUUCAGUGAAUGAUCAAAGUAUAAAGGAUGGAUAGAUAAAUGAUAAAAAACAUAAUUAUAUUUGGAUGAAUGAAUAGACAAAUGUUGUUAAAUGAUUGAAGAGAUCUUUAGUAGACAAUGUUCAAAGAAAUACAUUAUUUAUGCAGAUCCAAAAGGUUCAUCAGUAUACUUCAUGCAGAUAAAGGGAUAUACAAUCAAUAAAUCAGGAUAAAUGAAAGCAUAAUAAUUUUUUUUCCCCAAAGAGUGGAUAAUGAAAUUAAUCAAACGUCAAAUUAAGUGAAGAAAUGAAUUGCCAAUAAUGAGUUUCAUGGCCUUUUUCUGUUACAUUGUGAAAGAAUCUAGAAUAAAGAGAGUUGAAGAAAAAAAAUCAGUACUGGACACGUGGCCUACAUGUAGCCAAGACCAAUUUGGAGUCCAUGGGCCAAUUUCACAAAACGAUCUUUGCAAGACCCUCUUUCAUGUCGCUGAUUUAUUAUGAUGCACCAUGAGAUGCCAUUACCCGCCAACAUAUUUCAUUUAUCUGUCAAAAUGAACAAGAUCAUUGUUUAUAAAUGAUGCUAAAUUUUGUAUGUCAUUAUAUAAAAGUUGCUUUAAAGUGGGCUAUGAGGCAAUAAUCAUUUUUUCAGUGAGCCUCAUUCAUACACAGGCAAAAAUUAUUUUUUUAUUUUCGAGAGCUAAAUUUCACAACUUACUGUCUAAAUCCUCAACAUUGGAUAAGCUAUAACACUGAGAUGAAUGGGGAUUCCAAUGCUCAAUUUGGGGGGGGGCGUAAUUGCCCUAGCCCUUAUGUAAUUUUUACCCUGCUCAUCAUAAUGCAUAAGAUUGCAAUCAGCCCUUGGACUAUUUCCUUACACAGUACUCCGUAGACUGUAGGUCUACAUGUACAUGCAUGUAAUAUAUUUGAUUACUAGGCAGUGGUGAUUGGCACGAUGAUCGGCUAUUUUAAGGAGGCCUGGGCUAGGAAUGUAAACAGAGAAUACAAUAGAUACAGAGGAUGUGAUUAGAAAACAAUAGGCAAAAACAUGAAGGAGAACAAAGGAAUCCUGUGGGUAAGGAAUUCCAAGGCAAAGAAAGGAAUGUGUGGUCAUUUUAUAAAGAGAGAGUUGGAUGGUACACACUGUCUUUGAUACAGGAAAUUCACAACAACAAAUCAAAAGGAAUUAAACACAAGAGAAAGAGAAAUACAUGUACAUAUGUAAAUACCGUACAAGGCGUAGGCUGGUUUGAGCAUGGGGAGGUAGGUAUAACUAAAGUUUGGAAAAUCAGCUGUUGAUAGCAGAAGAAGGGGUACAAAUUUGUUUUGCUUGCCAAUGUCAUAACUCCUCUGUUUCAUCGGGAGAGUGCACCAACCCUACCCCCCCCCCCCCCCCCCCCCGCAUACGCCCUUAGUAAACGUCCAUAGUCAACCUUUUUUUAAUUGAUUGUUAAUAGCCCAAAUUGAACCUUUUUUUUUAUUAGAUUAUGCAGAAUAAUUUUUCUGGUUUUGCAUCGCAAUUAGCUCCACUUUUUUCUAUUAAAAGAUUGCAGCACAAAAUUUCAUUUGUUUUGUUGAAUUUUAUCUACACUCUUGUACUGUACAAAACUUCAAAGCUUUUCUUUUUUUGACCCAAAGUGCUUAUUAUAUUGGGGAAGCAAAAAUUUUCUGUGUUAUAUUAUAACCUCUUAUAAAGGUUGAAUUUCUUCCACAAAGAGAUUUUUGUGGUCUCAAAAUAUUUGACUUGGACAAAUACCUAUACAUGUAGAUGUACAUUGUACAGUGUAGGCCUACAUGUACAGUACAUGUAUGUGCAUAGAAAAAAAUACGAAGAGAAUGUAAUCAAAAUAAAAUGGAAAACAGGAAAAUACUCGACAAAAGAUGACGAGUCAUUGCCGAGCUUUCUUUUCUGAGAUGUUUAUUUCCUGGUCAAUUACCUUUGAUGGACACUGAUGUAGAUGAUACACAUACAUGUGCAGUACUGUCCACUUGUAUUAC